AGCGUUUCCAGCGGAGCACGGAGCUGCACAUUCCUCUGAAGGUGCGGUGUGGACUUUCCCGGGCGGCAGGUUGUUUAGAGUGGGCUGAAAGAGAUUUGAGAAAGUAGUUUUAACUCCGUAUCAGCGGGCUAACCAAUGACGCUGUCUGUGCGCUUCAGCGACAGUAGCUGCUAGCUGUUAGCCGCAGGUGGACCGGGGGACCCGGUGGAGAAAUGGAGCGCACCAAGAAAUAAGAGACUGUCCCUGCUCGUUUUCAGGGAGUGUGACGGUCUGAUUUACAGUGUUUUGCUCAGGGUUUCUGUGGGCCAUGGCGGGCUGCUGGCCGUGCUGCCCCAGCCUGUUUGUGUGCUGCCUGUCGGAGGAGGACAAGACCGGCCUCGCGGUGGACAAGGAGAUCGCGAGGAUCCUCAAGCAGCAGAAGAAGAAGGAGAGAAGGGAAAUUAAAAUCCUCCUGCUGGGUACUGGAGAAAGUGGAAAAACAACUUUCAUCCGGCAGAUGAGGAUCAUCCACGGACGAGGCUUCUCAGAGGAGGAGAGGAGGAGUUUUGCCAAAUGCAUCUUCCAGAACAUCCUCACAGCCAUGAAGGCCAUGACGGGAGCCAUGACCGCGCUCAAAAUCCCCUACUUCAACCCCGAGAACGAGAUUUACGGGAAGUGGCUGCAUGACAUAAACACGGUGCAGAUCAGCCAUCUGGAGCGCGGCUACGUGGACGCCAUCCGCCGCCUCUGGGACGACUCGGGGGUGCAGGUGUGUUACAGCCGACGCUGCGAGUACCAGCUCCUGGACUCCACUGAGUACUACAUGAAUAACCUGGACCGCAUCUCCGCCCCGGACUACAUCCCCACGGAGCAGGACGUGCUGCGGGUUCGAUUCCCCACCACGGGCAUCCACGACUACUCCUUCACCAUCAAGACCAUCACGCUAAGGAUCGUGGAUGUUGGCGGUCAGAAGUCGGAGCGCAGGAAGUGGAUCCACUGUUUUGAAAACGUCACCUCGCUCAUCUUCCUGGCGUCGCUCAGCGAGUACGACCAGGUCCUGGAGGAGAGAGAGACCAUCAACCGAAUGCACGAGAGUCUGGCUCUCUUCUACACCACCAUCCACUCUCCUUGGUUCUUCCACACCUCCAUCAUCCUCUUCCUCAACAAGACUGACAUCCUGGCUGACAAAAUCAUGACCUCUGACCUGCAGAAAUAUUUCCCCAGCUUCGCAGGCAAGAGGCACGACCCGGAUGAUGCUAAGAACUACAUCCGCAAGUUGUACGAGCAGCAGGCCAUCAACCGGGACAACAGGGACCAGUGGAAGACGCUGUACCCUCACUUCACCUGCGCCACCGACACCAACAACAUCCGCAGAGUGUUCAGCGACAUCAAGGACACGGUGCUGCUCAAAUCUCUCCGGGACUACGGGGUCAUCUGAACUCUUACACAGCUCUGGAUGAACUGGAAGAAGAAAUCUGCUGGUUCUUGACUCUGUCUGCACUAUUUUACCUUUACCGAUGAACGCCAGACUUCUUUUUCUACUUUUCUACAACAACAACUACACUGUCGUCCAUUGUUCUAACCCCCUUCCCACAGGGUGUAUUGAAGAAUAACGAUGGAGGAGUCUUCUUUCACCUUCACCAACACACUGUAAUUGAAUGGAAAUUAGGAGAAAUAACAAUAAUGAUGUGACUUCUGAUCAGGGAGCUAAGGAAUAAACCACUUGUCUCACAGCUAGCCGCUUUCUUCCCCAAUUUCGAGUGUUUGGAUCAUGCAGUGGCUCCAUAAUUGAAGCAGGAGCAGAGAUGCAGUGAGGUGUUGUGCGGCCACUAACGGGGUAAUAACUUUUCCAAGUGGAGAUGGGGGCCAUGCUUGGGUGCACUGCCACUCACAUGUUCAACAGCUUCAGGUUCAAGCACAAACUGUAAUCACAAACUGUUUCUAUGAGUUGAAAUCCACGGUAUCUUUUAUUAUCAGACUACCUAAAUCGGGGAUUUUCUCUCAUUGAUUAACGUCACCUCAGUCUUCGAUUGUUUCACAAACACUCCUGACAGAGAGCCAAAAUCCCUAUUGAUUACAGUUAAUCUCACACUGGCAGUGUUCCUAUCUGUUCAGCACCGUCUCCCUCAAUUAUUAUGAGCAGAAAGUUUGUGUUACCACCUGGUGAGUCCCUCUCAUGGUGCCAUAUCAGAAGUAUGAAAUAACAUCCCCUGAAUCAAAAUGCAUCUGACUGCACAAGGACUUCCUGGUAUUACUGGCAUACCGCAUUUCACAUGUUAUGUUUUGGGAAAUAAUUAAUAUUUUCUCGCAUACUUAAUAUGGGUAUUGGAAACCUUUUGUACAUUAGGCUAUGUAGGUAGGAGAUUCACUUGGAUGGAAAUGGUGAAACACAUGUGAUACACAAGAGAAUCACAAUAGAGUAUUCAAUUAAAAGAAAACUAAUUUGAAUGUUGAGUUCUUAGUCAAACACCUAUUCAGCUGAAUUUGAUAGGUAGAUCUACCGGUUGUUGGUGUUGAUUCAACACACUGCAGAUUGUUUAAUGUUUAACAGGUUUUGAGAGAAAAAUACUGAUGGAUUAAUGGCUUGUUAACAGUCUCCAAAGUGUUCAUCAUUGCUGUGUGGGAGGAAACACUCAUGAAGGAGGACAAGAGUGUGGUUUUGGUUGGAAACACUGCAGAGAAAACACUUUUGCCUUUAAUCAAUGGAUAAACAGUGGAUCAGUUGACUUCUUGUAUGAGACAGUACUAACUCUACAUUGUUAGCAUCUGUUAGCUCUCCACUUCAAUUUGUGUUGUGUUCACUCUCUCUGCCUUCGUAGCGUUUUUUCCAGACGCAACAGGCAGCUUUUGAGCACAAAAGUUUGAAUAAAAAACACUGUUCAUCACCUGCCAAGCCUUAAACAGCAGAGAGUUAGCAACUAGCUGUGAUUAUGGUGAAACAUUGAGCAGCUAGAGAGCAAUGUCUUCUCUGCAGGAGCUGGUGGAGAACAAAUGCAGAGCUAAAAGGAGAGUCAAUAUCGCUGGAUAAGAGCCAAAUAAAUGCUCAUGUUGCUAAAUAACUGCUGGAUUUGAAAAUAAGCCACUGUUUGCACACCAGAUGAAGUUACAUCUGGUCAUAGUCUCUGAAAUGUGCCUCUUUUGUACUUUUAAACAUACAGCAAUAAAGCCAACAGCAGAUGUUGCAUCUCUCAAUGCAAUAAACACACUUUAUUAAAAUCAAUAGCAGAAAUGUGAGCACAAAUCACAGUUAGAGGCUGACCGGUUGGAAAAGGUCACGAGGGAAGGAACGGAGAACUGUUGGGCGAGUUCAUAUCAGAGACGUGGAAAAGCUGGGUGAAGAAUAUUAAUAUGAGGUCGCAGUGAGAAAUACGUGCAUCUUAUUUAUACAAUUGUGUGGAAAAGGGGGAUUUAAACAUGUUUUUGAUUAGAAGCGAGAGCUCCUCUACUAUUGAGCAUUAAGUAAAAAAAGACAAUGACAUUAUUUAAAUAACUGACCAUGUGUUUGUUAAGUAGUUUUGGCUGCUCUUUUGUUAAAUGUAUAUAGAGUUUAUACUGCUACACAGUAGUAUUGUACAUUUACCAAUGACUACUAUUUGAUUGAGUUUCAUCUGCUGUUUUUGAAACACUGUUUACCCAGCACAGCACACACUGUGAUUGUAGUGAAAUACUUUUUCUGCAUUGGGAGAUGACUUGUCGUACGGUGACAGUGGAUUUAUUUUGUGUAGACUCGGGUGGAGGAAGUGGGCAAAUACUUUUUUCUAGUUAACAAUAAAAAACUUGGAACACACA